AUGAAUUGGGUUUUUGGACUGAUCAAUGCAAUCCGGCCAGCAUGCAGUAAUGCAGCAUCUGUGGAUUCUAUGAUGAGCAAUAAAACCGAUUCAAUUAUGUGUUUUACGGCAAGGCAUGCUCAUUCAAGCCUCUCAUUCUCUGGCCUUGCUGGAGAGAGCAGUGCUGGAGAUUAUCAAGAUUGUGGGGCUUCAGUGCUUCUGAUGGGAGAGCCUACUUGGUCUCCGCCAUGUACUGAGAACACCUUCCUAUCAUCAACUAGAAGCAAUACUGUCAUGCGUUGCAAGGAAAAGAAGAAGACACGGAAGUUUGAGAAGCAAGUGAGAUAUGCGUCUCGCAAAGCAAGGGCUGAUGUGAGGAAGCGAGUGAAGGGACGCUUUAUCAAAGCCGGUGAUGCCUAUGAUUAUGAACCAUUGAAUCAAACCAGAAGCUGCUGAGAGUACAAU